CGAAGACCUGCUUCAGAAUAAAUUCAUCGUUAAGCGUGUAGUAUCGUAACAUUUCGUGUCAAGUGGACCAGGACAUAGGCUCACGGGGAAGAGGAUCUCGCGAAUGUGCGAGCCUAUCGAGUUUUCCGGCUCUUCGAUCGACCAAAUUACGCCGGCACGAUGGCGGAGAAAGAAAAUGGGUUCAAAGCGUACGUGAGCUCAGCGAAAGCCGUGAAAUCGAUAUUCUACAGUCUCAGGAGGAUUCUUCAGUAUCUGGGUUUAUCACGGUUCAGGGAAAAAGAAUGCGGAAUUCCGGUCGAAAAAAUCGUGCAGGGAUCAGCAAUUAAGGAAAUGAGGAAAGAGAAAUGGAACAGGGAAUGUAGCGCGAAGGGAUGGAAAAAUAUGAGGGAGCAGCGUAUCUUGGACGGAACCGUUCAUUCACGACCAAGGAAACGAACCUAUUUUCCUAACUGCUAUAAAGAGAUCGAUUUAUUCUCGCGUGGCAGAUUUUCUUACGGAACUGGAUCCACUGAUUAAAAUGGAAGAACCUAAAUGGCACGGCGAAAGAAGCCUAAUAUACAAGUUGAUCGAAAGUGAAGAUUCAUGAUGAUUCACGAAGCGAAAAUUAUUGGUUUUCGUUAUCUUUGUCCGUGCAAAUCACUGAUCAGACGGAUUUCUGUGUACGAGAUGAAGGUAAAUUUGUUUUCAAUGAUAAGGUACCUCUUUCAUCUUGUCCAAAUCAUCCUCGAUUUAUAUAACAAAAGCUUACAAGUUUAUAAAAAGCAUACGAACAUUUGUUGUCUUUGAGAGUAAAAGACUUUGACAUAGAAGAGGAAUAAUUUCCUAUUGGCAUAGGUAGUCGCUUACAAAAUUGUUCGUACACUGUAUAGAAGUGAAAUUUUAUUGAAAUAAAAUGCUACAACAUUCUACUGCAAAAUUAACGUGUUGUAAUGUACCAAAUGAACUGAGGACUUCAUUAUCGUCAUACGCGUCGAAACAUAAAAUACGUAUCGUUAUGGAAAUUUACAUUUUUUGUUU